UUUUGGAACGACACUUCCUGGUGUGGCCCAUGUUCCUUCCCUGACAGCCGCCGCCGCCGUCGUGCAGGACCGGAGACCGUUGAGGGUUGCAGUUAUGUCGGGCGCUGCUUCGGGGACCAGCAAGGCAGCCCACAGUGAUGUGGCUGCGAAGAAAAAGAGGGGACCCGGUGCCCUGGCUACGGCAUAUUUGGUCAUUUACAACGUUGUUAUGACAGCGGGGUGGCUGGUGAUAGCUGUGGGUUUGGUCCGAGCUUACCUGGCCAGAGGAAGCUACCAUGGGCUGUAUUACUCCAUAGAGAAGCCUCUGAAGUUCUUUCAGACUGGAGCUGUUCUCGAGAUACUGCACUGUGCUGUAGGAAUCGUACCGUCCUCUGUGGUCCUGACUGGAUUCCAGGUCAUGUCCCGGGUCUUCCUCACAUGGGCCGUCACACACAGCGUCAGGGAGGUUCAAAGUGAGGACAGCGUGCUGCUGUUUGUCACAGCCUGGACUGUCACAGAGAUCAUCCGCUACUCUUUCUACACCUUCAGCCUGCUCAAUCACCUGCCAUACCUCAUCAAAUGGGCCAGGUACACCUUCUUCAUCGUGUUGUAUCCCAUGGGAGUGACCGGGGAACUGCUGACUAUCUAUGCAGCACUGCCGUAUGUGCAGAAGACAGGCCUGUACUCCGUCACCUUGCCCAACAAGUACAACUUCUCUUUCGACUACUACACCUUCCUCAUCCUCGUCAUGAUUUCCUACAUUCCCCUCUUUCCCCAGCUGUACUUCCACAUGAUACGGCAGAGGAAGAAGGUGCUGGGUCACAUAGAGGACUACGGCAAAGUGGAGUGAGUCCAGCGGCGUUCAGCAAGAUUCAAACGAGGGGAGAAAGGGGAAAAAAAUGAAACCAAAACAUCCAACAAACGAGGAACAAAAUUACAUCUGCGUAUUGAAACACAAAGUCCGACCAGUUUUAAACUGCCAGAACUGACCUGGCAGAUGGUCCAAUUAUCAAGCAACUUUCUUUAUUACAGCCGUUGUCUUGGUUGUACAGAUGCUCACAAUGAACUGGUGUUAUCUUUAUUUUAUUUUAUUUUUUUUUAUUCCUGAACAAACUUACAACACUACUUUUGUUUGUCUGAGCUGUGAGCAGAGCUCCAUCACUGAAAGCUUGAUUUGAAUUAUACAUCGAUAUGAUUCAUGCCCCUCACCUUUACAAAUGACACUAAAGAAAAGAGUAGAGUAGAUUUGUCACCUCCCCAUGGCUCGUAUUUUGGUUUCUUUUAAGAAGCUUUACUUUAGAAAGAACAAUGUAAAGUCUAAUACUGAUAAUUGGUGUCUGUAGGUUUUGCAGGUACAGUGUUUGUUGCUACAAACUGUGGUUCAGAUGUGUACUUUUUUUUUUUUUAGGUGUUCUGUCAUUUAUUUUAUUUACAAGUUUGAUUACAUUCCUAAUUUAGUUCAAUAAACCUCUCAUUCCAUGCUUGCAUG